AUAUCUACAUUUUUUAAAGCUUCAAGAGGGGUUUUCUAAGUUAAAGUCCUUUUGUGGUACUGGUUACUGCUAUAGUGAAUUUUACUGCAUGGUAAAUAUGUGAACACAUGGAAGAACUUGAGUCCUCAUUUGUUGCCACAUUGUCACAUUGUCAGAGUUGAGUUGUUCCACCUUCAUUGUCUUAAGAGUCUGUUUAGUGCUUGGGUGUUGGUAAGAAGAGUGUGGACAUCUGGGUUUUUGCUUGCUGUGAUUCUGGUGGUGCUUUCUUCCAUUGUCUUCAAUAGAACGAGAUGGUUCGGGAACUGGAUGGCCACGUCCUGAAAUGUGUAAAAGACCAGAAUGGCAAUCACGUGGUCCAGAAAUGCAUUGAAUGUGUGCAGCCCCAGUCUUUGCAGUUUAUUAUCGACGCGUUUAAGGGGCAGGUGUUUGCUUUGUCCACGCACCCUUAUGGCUGCCGAGUGAUUCAGAGAAUCCUGGAGCAUUGUCUCCCUGACCAGACCCUCCCUAUCCUAGAGGAACUUCACCAGCACACAGAGCAACUUGUACAGGAUCAGUAUGGAAAUUAUGUAAUCCAGCAUGUAUUAGAACAUGGUCGUCCUGAGGAUAAAAGCAAAAUUGUAGCAGAAAUUCGAGGCAAUGUACUUGUGUUAAGUCAGCACAAAUUUGCAAGCAAUGUUGUGGAGAAGUGCGUCACCCACGCCUCACGUACAGAGCGUGCUGUGCUCAUCGAUGAGGUCUGCACCAUGAACGAUGGUCCCCACAGUGCCUUAUAUACCAUGAUGAAGGACCAGUAUGCCAACUAUGUGGUCCAGAAAAUGAUUGAUGUGGCAGAGCCGGGCCAGCGGAAGAUUGUCAUGCAUAAG